CCCCCGAGCCGCCGGAGGCCUGCGCGUGCUUCCCUAGGCGAAGAAUGCGUCGAGGGGGACCCCAGCCCUUCUUGCAGAAACAAAAAUGGGUGGGAUGCCCUUACCCCCAUGCGUCGGUGAGUUACGCCUGGAUAGUAUCCCCGACCGCUUUUUGACCUCCCGUCCCAGAUAUCUUUGCGUGCCCAAACCCGCCGUAGGCACGCGCGGGAUUCCCUGGCGAGGAAUGCGACGAGGGUGGGGCACCCUUCCCCCUUCCACAAACACUUACCGCGGUGCGGUGAGUGAUAACUCCCCGUGCUUGAAUAGACCGCUGAUAAUUCGUUUCUUGGUCAGUCGUUGCCGGGCCCGAGCUGCCGGGAGGCCAGCGGGCCCUUCCUAGGCGGAGGGUGCGUUGAGGGGGACCCCUUUUUGCAGAGAAACCAGCUAGAAUGCCCCCACCCCUUGUGUCGGUG